AUGGACCGAUCACCUUCGCAUACUAGCCCUACGAGUCCGACGGGCUCCUUCAAUACCUCCCAAAAUGAUUAUUCCUCUAUCCCAACGUCGACGGCAUCCCCAGUACAGGCCUCUCCGACCCAUUCCUCUCCAGCCUAUGCGCCACCAAUCCAGGCACCGUUGCUCCAGCCGCUCAGUCCAAACCUUCAAAGCCGAUUAUCGAGCCUUGCAUCCCGGAGUGGUGUCGCCAAAAUUUCUUUAGAGCCUCCGUUACAAGCCCCCCCUCGUCCUACAUUCAGUGAUCAGGGAACUGCAGCGAUUGUUCGUGAAAAGUUAAUUACUGUACGGCGCUCCCAACCUGACUAUAAACCGCCAUCUGCUUCCGGUACCGGCUUCUUAAGAAAGAAGACAGUAAAAGUCACAAGCAAUAAUGAAGCACAGAUGGCUACGUUCAAGUUCAAAGAACUUAGUUACUUGCUCGGGCAAGAAGUGCAGCAGCCAAUGACAGGGCCUGAUUUGGAUACAGAAUGUGCGGCUAUCGUCGAAGCGCUUUUGAACAUGGGAGCCGAUGUCAAUAUCUAUAAGCAGGCAAAAGAUAGUUUAGUCGCGAAGAUGCAUAUCGGGAAGAGCGAUGCGAACGUCGAAAUCCCUGCAAGAUAUCUCCAAGAUGCGACCGAACGAGGCAAAAUCAACGUAAUCCAGGUCUUGGCUUCGCGGGGUGUCAAACAGACUAGCUUAAACGAAGCAUACCAAAUUGCCAUAAGAAAUGCCAAUAUAGAUACCAUAAGAGUCUUACUAGAGUAUGGUGCCGAUCCGAACUCUUCUUCGACUGCGUUCGAGCAUCUGGUUUCGGCGGGAUAUCAUGACAUCGCCAGAUUAAUCCUUCGUUCUGGUAUUCCUAUAGCGAAGGAAUGCCUGACACGCCCGUUGAAAGGGAUUAUUGAGAUGGGGUAUGUUGAUAUGGUGGAACUCUUGGUGGCUCAUGGUGCAGAUUUGGAAUACAACAACGCGGAGGCGAUUAUGGCGGCUGUAAAGCUGGGAAGAUGGGACAUUCUCUUGAAAAUGGUCCUGAAUCAAAUUACACCCCCACACGAGCUUUCGCAAGUUUACCUUCUGUCAGCAGUCAACACUGUAAUGUUCGCCGACUUUGAACCUUCCUUGCGCCUAAUCCUUAUUGAAAUUUUACUCUGUGCUGGUGCACGGGGGGAAGACCUUGCUCGAGCAUUGGGACAAGCUGUCGGUGAAAGGGAUAAGAACCUAAUUAACCUACUUCUAGAGUUUGGCGUUGACGUGAACUAUGAUCAAGCGGCUGCGCUACGAUAUGUUGUAUCCGAGUGUCAGCUAGACCUUGUAUCCAUAUUGUUGGUUCGACCACCGAUACCCGAGUACCUUAACCUAGCAUUUGGGGAAGUACCAUUUGCUUCGCAAACGGAAGAAAACAUUAAACAACUGUCUUCACUUCUGUUGUCAGCAGGGGGCCUUGGGGACAAUGCAGCGAAGUUGCUAGUUCAAGCCGUUCGGGCGGGUUAUAAUGACCUUCUUCACCUACUAAUUGAUGGAAGGGUAUCGAUAGAGUACAAUAAUGCAGAGGCAUUGGUUCACGCCAUCACAGCCGUAGAUACCCGGAAGGUCAAAACACUCCUCAAAGCAAGCAUAGGACCAGAUUCUGCAUCGAUAGCUUUUGGUGCUAUUGAUAUGUUCCUGGACGAGACACAGCUACACGAACUUAUGGGUCUCCUGCUCGCGAAGGGAGCCCAGGGCGAUCCUGUCAACCAAGCUUUGUUGAAUGCUGUCCGGCAAAAACAGUGGACCAUCAUUAGCCUGCUACUCUCGAACAAUGCCGAUGUUGGAUACGCAAAUGGUGCGAGUUUAAUCCAUGCAGUUUCCGAGGCAGAUGAAGCGAUGCUAGAUACACUAUUGCGAAACCCGAUAUCGACAGAAACAGCCAACGUCGUGUUUGACACGCUGAGAAUGGAUACAAAGGAUCUCUAUCCAAUGGCGCAGAAACUUAUUGCAGCCGGCGCAAAGGGAAAUCCGUUAUCAAAGUUGCUUGUAUCCGCCGUGGAGAGGAAGAACUACACAAUUGUUCAGCUUUUGUUAGCAAACGGAGCUUCUGUCGUGUACGAUGGUGGUGCUUCGUUAAAGAAAGCUGUCCAGACCGGCGAUGAUCAGUUGGUUAAGAUGGUUCUUCCGAAGUGUACGAAAUGUAGCGACGGAAUGGCGGCAAUGGCAGCUGCAUUCUUACUUAUUGAUAGGCUGUCAGACAGUGCGAGAGCUGCUAUAAUGCCGGUAUUCCUAAGAUCCGGGCUUCGGGGUAGUACUGUGUCCGAUACCCUUAUUCAAGAGAUUAAUAAAACACCGACAAACUAUGCUGCAGUUGAGAUACUGGUGAAAGAGGGUGACGCUGACCUUAGUGCGAGCGGUGGUAUGGCCCUCAAAACAGCUGCUAGUCGUGGUGAUAUUCGGUUAGUGAGGAUACUCCUAGAGGCGGGCCCCGAAAAUUCACUUGUAUCUUCUGCAAUACCCUUGGCAAUGGAUAUCCCGAGUCCUUCGACAAGAUUCGAUGUCUUGGAAAUGUUACUUACUUCGGGCGCGGAAGGAGAUGAAGUCUCUAUGGCCCUUGUGAAGACAAUUCGACAACAUCCGGAAGCUAUUGGACAAAUCGACGUACUCUUGAAUAAUGGUGCUGAUGUCAAUUUCGGGGCUGGCGAGGUGAUCCGAGCCGCGUUUACGUCGAAGCAACUUGGAGUUCUCAAGAAACUUGCAUAUCGUGGAGCCAGCCAAGCCAACCUAUCGACAGUCUUCCAAAUGGCAUGGGACUAUAAAGAUGCCGAGUGGCAGUAUCGAGUGAUGGAAGUUAUCCUUGGAGCAAAACUAAAAGGACCGAUUGUCGAUGAUGCCCUUAUUAAACUAGCACAACAAGAUGGAAGUGACACCAGGGUUUUCACAUUGCUAUUAAAACACGGCGCAUCUGUAAACCAUGCUUCUGGAGCUGCCAUAAUGUAUUGCAUUCGCCAAGGGUUCGUUGAUCGAUUAAAGCUUCUGCUUCAACAAGACCCUGCUCCCACAGUUAUACAUGACGCUUUACAGAUGGCUAUGGAGCAAAAAGAUGCAACUUCGAAGUACGGGAUGGUUGAGGCAAUUCUCCAAAAGCAGCCGGAGUUUGAAGAUAUUAACGAUGCUUUAGUCCGAGCUCUUGAGGAUGAAUCGCCCAGCAAGGAACUCGUUACUUUGCUUCUUGAUAAUGAGGGGUCUGCCCUCCAUGAAGAAGGGAAGCCUAUCAAACUCGCUGCCCUUGGCGGACACCACGAAGUCUUACAAAUCCUCCUAGAGAAGACACAGAACGCCGUUGCUCAAAUUGCUACAAUAACGACGAUGAUUUUUGAUGAAGCAAUGACUUCUGGAGUUUGGAAAACAGAGGAUGGGCUUGAGACGAUGAAGAUCCUCUUGAAGCAUGGUGCAAGUGGGAUGUGCGUGGAUAAAGCCUUUGUCACUACUGCUGAUGAAUACGAGAAGUACCCGACAGCAAAACGAUUCGUCGAGGCACUUUUGCAAACCCCCAAUGCCAAUGUUAACCGUGAGGACGGGCGAUGUUUUAAAAUCGCGGCCCAGAAUGCAAACAUCGAACUUGUCGAACUACUCUUGCAAGGAAACCCUUCGAAACGGACUUUGUCAAUGGCAUUCCCGCAUGUAAUCUCAUCCGGAACUGAAGAAGAGAACUUGCUAGCCCUUGGUCGUCUUUUCCUCGCUGAUGGAUUAGAGACUGAUUUGAACUUCCAGCAUCCAUCAUUUGGUCCAGUGUUUUUUGGGGUUUUGACAAAAUACCCCAAUUUUGUGGAGUUUUAUAAGUUGAUGGUCGAUGCUGGAGCGAGUUUGGAGGCUGAGGUUAAAGUCAACUUCCACAGUAUUGGCGAGGGUGUUACACCCCUACUUUGGGCUCUCCUGCAGCCAGCUACUGAAGUUGAAAGUGCUGUGAUCAAGACUUUUAUCGACUCUGGUGCGAAUGUCAACUUCAAGUCCGAAUAUUCCCUUACAACACCCCUUAUGGUUGCGGUCCAACGACAGCGACGGGAUGUAGUCUUUGAACUGAUCAAAGCCGGCGCUUCCGUAACUACGGAAGAUCAAAAGGGGCAAACAGCACUAUUCAAAGCGUGUCAGGAAGGUCAAUACGAUAUUGUCGAGUUGCUAAUGGCAAGGAACACGUCUCGAAACGACGGAAGCUUACACGAAGCCGCCGCAUUCUGUCACCCGGAUGUCGUUAGGUUACUCAUCAGAGAAGGACAUCACGACCCAGACUUCCCAUCAUCGAGACAUAGUGGCCGAAGUGCAUUAUCGGAGUUAGCACUCGAGGGUGACGCGACGGCGAAUAAAGAACGAGUCAAAGAAACCGUGGAAGCGUUGCUUGAUGGCGGGGCAGAUUUAAGACUACGAACUAACAAUCGUUCCCCAUUGUCAUUUGGGCUGGAUAAUAAGAAUCCAGUGGAGAUGACUCGACUUCUACUCAACUCUGGCCUUUAUAAGACCAUCAACAGCGAUUUCAACCUUUACAGGGAUGAGAAGAAUGUUGUUUACUCAUUGACGAUGUAUGUUCGGAAGGGACUAUGUCAGAAUAAGUCACCAGAAGUACAAGAAGAACUUUAUCGACUAUUAAAGGCCUUCCGUGGAGAUGAUAGAUACUACGUCGACGACCCAAAAAUGCCUCAGCCGAUUGGUUAUAUUGGAAUCCCCGAUUAUUUAUCAAGAAUCGAAGAGGAACGACAAGUCGUCCAACGCAAAAUCGAUCACGAGAGAAUGUUACAACAAGCCCGUUUACGAAUGGAAAAGGAAGAAGCAACGGAAAGAGAAAGGAUACGAAAUCACGAAUAUCAAGCUGAAUUAGUACGCCAAGCGGAUCGAAAGGCUCGUGAAGAUGCACGAAUAUCACAACAACGUGCAGCGGAGUUGUCACACAUCAAAGCAAUGAAUGAACAAAGACAGAUAAUGGAGGAUGCGGAUAAAGCAAAGCAGUUAUCGCAUCUGCAACUUAUGCAUGAAGAGGAGCAACAACAUAAAUCUCAUAUGAACCAGGAAGAGUUGAAGAUGAUUGAGUUUAAGGUUGCGGCUGAUAGGAAGAGACAACAGGAGAUUGAAGAUGCUACUGAUAAGGAACAUCAAAGGCAGAUUGCUUAUUUGAAACAAUGGAGGGGAAAUCUGGAUGCGCAGAAACAGUUGACAGGCCCUGAUGGGUAUGCGGGGCCGGUUUAUGGAGGCCCUAGUGUUCCACCUCGAGGGCAAUUGCAAUGGCCAUAUACUAAAGACGAGCCGGAUUAA